AUGAUCAAACUUUCGAUUUUCUUGAUCGUUAUUCCUAUUGUUUUUUCAUCUCCAAUUCAACCUUCUCAAGAUAAUUCAAUAAUUGGCUAUCAAUUCUUGAAUACUCUUUUGAAUUCAUCAAGAACAGAUGAUUAUUCAAUUUUCAACCAAACCUUCGAAGGCACAGUCUAUCGGAAUAAGGAUUUUAUAAGAACUUUGAGCAGAGAAAAAAUCUUUAAAGCUCUUCGAUUAAUUUCAAAGAUUAAAAAAACAGUUCAAGAAAUAUUUCGUACUCCAGAAACACGUUUCAUAGUAUUUCAUAGAAAUGGAAGAGCUGAGGGAUUGCAUAUCAAAAAUCGAAAUUCGAAAGGCUAUACAAGUUUCAGAGUCACUAUUUUGGCUGAAAACCGUUAUAGACUUGACGCAUUCAAAAUUCAAUAUAUUGAUAGAGCUCCUAUUGAUUAUUCUAACCAAAAACUGUUGUCAAUGUUGCUAACUUGA